AUUUAUUUCUGAAUUUUACCGAAUCCAGCGGAAGUGUUUGAUCUUUCAGCUGUGGAACUAGCAUGGAUGACGAAGCUGAAACUUAUAAACUUUGGCGGAUUCGCCGGACUAUUACUCAACUUUGUCACGAUCGAGGAUAUUUAGUCACACAAGACGAAUUAGAUCAAACAUUGGAGCAGUUCAAGGAGCAGUUUGGGGACAAGCCGAGUGAGAAAAAACCGGCUCGUAGUGACCUGAUUCUUCUUGUUGCUCACAAUGACGAUCCAACAGACCAAAUGUUCGUAUUCUUCCCUGAUGAGCCAAAAAUUGGAAUCAAGACCAUCAAAACGUAUUGUCAAAGAAUGCAAGAGGAAAAUAUUAGUAGAGCCAUCAUUGUUGUCCAGGCUGGCAUGACACCCUCUGCGAAGCAGUCUCUUACGGAUAUGGCUCCUAAAUACAUCUUGGAACAAUUCCUUGAAUCAGAAUUGCUCAUCAAUAUCACGGAACAUGAACUUGUUCCAGAGCACAUCGUGCUGACGCCCGAGGAAAAGCAGGAGCUUCUCGCUCGAUACAAGCUGAAAGAAAACCAGCUUAUGAGGAUCCAAGCAGGAGACCCCGUAGCCAGAUAUUAUGGUUUGAGGCGUGGACAGGUUGUGAAGAUCGUUCGACCAUCGGAAACUGCCGGGAGAUAUAUUUCUUACCGUCUCGUGGUAUAAGUUUUGGGAGGGUGUUUCGUCGGCUAUCUCGGAGGACAGUUCGCCGUGGAAGGAGAAAGCGUGAAGAUGUCGUGAACGCCUAUUGUCGGCGACGUUUUGUUGCAGUUUUUUUUAUAAACCCGAAAUUUUCCCCAAGAAAACAUUUGUUUGCUAUGAUUUGCCGAGUGAAACCUUUGAUGAACCAGUUUCGAGCAGGAGCAUUCAUUCUUCA